AUGGGCAGAGCUGAAAUUCACUAUGUUGGAGGAGGCAAAUACAAUUGGACACCCAAUGUUAAUUUCUCAGAAUGGUCAACUCAUGAGCACUUUGAUGUUGGCGAUUGGCUAUACUUUGGAUUUGACAAGAACAUGUACAAUGUGCUGGAGGUGAACAAGACAAGCUAUGAGAACUGCAUAGAGACAGAUUUCAUCAACAACAUAACAAGAGGUGGGAGGGAUGUCUUCCAACUCACAGAGCCCAGACUCUAUUACUUCUUGAGUGGAAGAGGGUUCUGUUGGCAGGGAAUGAAGGUUGCUAUACAAGUUGUGAAUGCUUCACAACCUUCUCCUUCACCACUUCCACAGAAGAGUGCUGCUUCUGCUUCUGGUUUAGGUUUUACUAAUGGCAGAAUUCGGGUGCUGCUUGUCUCAGCCUUGGUUUUGAGCUUCUUCAUUCACUAG